UUUAUUCUAUUUUUCCAUAUUGGAAGGGCUACCGUUGAACUACGCAAGCAUGACUGGAAAUCCGAUACAGUAUAUCUUUAUCAGUUCCCUCGUCCCAAAACGAUACCGAAUUUAUCACCAUACUGCCUGAAAGUGGAAACUUUUCUUAAAGUCAACAAGAUACCCUAUGAGGUAAGCAUGGGCCGGUCGCGGUACGGUCUACUGCCGUUUAUCGAGCUGAACGGGGAACACAUCGCCGACUCUGAAAUCAUUAUUGAUCGCUUGAAAGAUCAUUUUAAAGUGAAGGUACAUCCAAGUUUUAUAUUCCAACGCAUCGCUGCCGCUAUCGGUCAGUUCCCUGUCGAAGACUUCAAGAAGUUUCUACAAAAAGACUUUGACACAUAUCGAGAUCUACUUGGUGACAAGAAAUUUCUCUUUGGAGACGAAAUCAGCUCGGCAGAUUGCGCCGUGUUCUCCCAAUUGGCCGCGGUCCUGUAUAUCCCUCCGAACAACUACGUCAAAGAACUGUUACGAGAAAAGUAUCCAGAACUUACCAACUACUGCGAUCGUAUUCGAGACACGGUUUUUGGAAAAGAGUUUGCUCAAGAAUAA